ACAUCUACCUAGCGCAUCUAUAAAGCAGUUCUUUGAUAAGUAUGCUAAAGUUUCAGAUAUCUACACUUUCCGUAGAUCGCCAUUUGGGGGUCAUACAGGCCAAUCUUUGAUACACUUUGAGAAUGCAGUUGAGCUAAACAAAGCGCUUAAAUUGAAUGGUAGAAGUUUGAAAGAUUACAAGCUCAUCGUUGAGCCCACUGUAGAAGCUGCUCACGAGAUAGAUAUACCAAUAGAGAGACCAGUACGGACAAAGUUUCGCAGUCAGCUACUAUAUGUCACUGGACAACCGUUGGAUUCCACAGAGGAGGAGCUCACGAGGGCGUUUAGGAAGUUUGGUACCGUACGCUGGAUUGAGCAAUCCCAUCAGGAUCGUAAGAAAUUUGCGUUCGCUUAUGCGUUUGUAAUGUACGAAUCGCCAGAUUUUGCGACCAAAGCAUACGAGAAUGGUGUAUACAUAAGGGAUAAUAUUAAAUUGAAGAUAUCGUUCUUCAAGAGACCUAUUAAAUAUCCCAAGGACGGUAACUUCAGCUUCCAAGAUAAAGCCGGUAAACGACAUCGGUGAAACAUCUGAGGUAUACUGUGGGAUACAUAAUAAUAUCUAUAUCUCAAUACACCCAAACACUUUCUCUCUGAUCUUCCUUGACAAUAUCUGCCGCAGUUGUUUUGACUUCUGGCCAGCCAGAUCACGGGGAGGGAAGGCAAACAAGAGAGACUGAGCUCCAUAUAAUAAACAUCGAUAGAAAGUAGAACGACCUAAAUUAAAUCCAUCUUUACAUGCAUUUUAUAAAAUUUGAGAUAUCAAGUGGCCUGAGAGUACCACAUCGUUUUCUUCCUCUACAACCAACUCUAACAAAAAUGGCUACACAAUACAAAGUUGCUGACAUCAGUUUGGCCUCAUUCGGUCGCCGUGAGAUCACUCUCGCUGAAAAGGAAAUGCCUGGUCUUAUGGAAAUCCGUUCCAAGUACGGCCCACAACAACCAUUGAAGGGUGCCCGUAUUGCCGGAUGUCUCCACAUGACCAUCCAAACCGCUGUUCUCAUUGAAACCCUUGUUCAACUCGGUGCUCAAGUUACCUGGUCCAGCUGUAACAUUUUCUCAACCCAAGACCAUGCUGCUGCUGCUAUCGCUGCUGCUGGUGUCCCAGUCUACGCCUGGAAGGGUGAGACCGAUGAGGAAUACCUCUGGUGUAUCGAGCAAACCCUCAGCGCUUUCCCAGACGGCAAGCCACUCAACAUGAUUCUCGAUGACGGUGGAGAUCUCACCACUAUCGUCCACGAGAAGUUCCCACAAUACCUCGCUGAUAUCAGAGGUGUCUCAGAGGAAACCACCACCGGUGUCCACCACCUUUACCGUGCCCACCAAGAAGGCAAGCUCAAGGUCCCAGCCAUCAACGUCAACGACUCCGUCACCAAGUCUAAGUUCGACAACUACUACGGUUGCCGUGAAUCCCUCGUCGAUGGUAUCAAGAGAGCCACCGAUGUUAUGCUUGCUGGUAAGAGCGCUGUUGUUGCUGGUUUCGGUGAUGUCGGUAAGGGUUGUGCUGAAGCCCUCCGCGCUUACGGUGCUAUCGUCCAAGUCACCGAAAUUGACCCAAUCAACGCACUCCAAGCUGCUAUGUCUGGUUACCAAGUCGUCACCAUGGAAGAAGCUGCUCCAAGAGCUAACAUCAUCGUUACCACCACCGGUAACCGUGACAUCGUUAGAGUAGAGCACUUUGAACAACUCCCAGAUGACGCUAUCGUCUGUAACAUUGGUCACUUCGACAUUGAAAUCGACGUUGCUGGUCUUAAGAAGGUUGCCAAGGAAGUUGUCAACAUCAAGCCACAAGUUGACCGUUACACCCUUGCUAACGGCCGUCACGUCAUCUUGCUCGCUGAAGGUCGUCUCGUCAACCUCGGUUGUGCUACUGGUCACCCAUCAUUCGUCAUGUCUUGCUCAUUCGCUAACCAAGUUUUGGCUCAAAUUGCUUUGUGGACUGACAAUGCUUCAUUCCCAUUGGGUGUUCACAUGUUACCAAAGAAGCUCGAUGAAGAAGUCGCUGCUUCCCACCUUGAAAUGCUUAACGUUCACCUCACUAAGCUCACUGAUGUCCAAUCAGAAUACGCUUCAAUUCCAAAGCAAGGUCCAUACAAGCCAUCCCACUACCGUUACUAAGCGGAUCUCAUUCAUGUUAAUAUGCGAGCAAAAAUUUUAAAAUGAUUUCACAUUUUCCUCUUUCAACCAGGGCUUACAAAACUGUAUUGUAAUAGAAAUAUGCAUUGGCUUCAACACCU